AUGCCUGCUGUCAUUGAAACCUCCACCACAGAACCAGUGGUUCCUAAAAGUCUUCCGCCUGCUGCCGCCUUAAUGGCUGAGCUUGUGGAGUCUUCUCGAAAUCUUCCAAACUCGUCUUCUAGUCUGGGAUCUAUCCGUUUGGGUCUCGGUGUAAUUCGCAAACGUGCUUCGGAGUUGCGCAAGAACCUGCCUGUGGGCAACAAUACCAAAGCUCACUAUCUUCUUGCUGGAAGCGGUGUUAAUGCUGAAAACAUUGAAACUGAGCUUAGAUCGAUAAAAUUUCACCAUAACCACGAUUCUGAUAUUUCAGCCUUGGAUAUUGGUAUCGAUAGCUAUUUACGUGCGCGUAAGGAAGAAAGUAUUCUUGCUUCUAUUGAAGAAUCCAUUCAAUCGACCUCAAUUGACUUUGACAAUUACCUUGCUAAAAAUAUCACAAUGGACUGGAAGCAGCGUAAGGAACAAAUUUGCCAGUACUUUGGUCUUUUACCCUCUACUGGCCAGUCUCUUGACUCUGUGACUGGAGUUUCUGAUAAGUCAAAGCGCCUUCAGGAAGACUUUGUUCCUGGCUGGAACAAAAAUUCGGUGGGACGAGCUGUUCUUGGUCCUAUUUCUGGCCCCGGCGAGUUUACAGACGUUGAAUUUCUCCAAGGAACUACAAACCAGAUUGUCGUUACUCCAACAAUUUUCGGCUCUUCCAACAAUGUUCCUGCAGCUCAAUCUCGUAUCAAGAAAUUCACAGAAACUGUUUGCGACUUGAAUAGACACAGGCUCAGCAAGAUGGCGUAUCCUAUUUCACACAAGUUUCAAAAGUGUUCACUACCCAACGGCAAUGAUAUUCGUACUCAACAAACCCAGGAUAUUUGGAAGAUUUUAAUUGAAAUUACCGGAGAGUCGGAAAUUUCUCCGAUACCGGAACGCAAAUUUGCCAAGGCAUAUCUCAGCAGUCCGACAAAUUCCAAAGAAGCCAUUGGCAUUCGAAAGCAAAUUACGCAAGGCGCCAAAUCUUUUUUGGAAAAACAGUUUAUGGAGCAACUUGAACAAACUAUAGCCAAGCACCCAGUCGAGGCUCAGCUUGGAGGUAUUCCUUCAGUUCAAAGCAAGAUUCGUGCCUUACUCAAUCUCAAGUUUGCGGAAAAUGGCAAAUGGGUUUACCCCUCGCUUGAAAUCAUCAAUAAUAUACCUGUUUGGGCCAUGAUUUACUACAUGAUUCGUGCUGGCUAUCUGAACGAGGCUGUUAAAUUUACAUCCCUUCACAGAGAAGAGUUUAUGAAGCUCGGCAGCGCAUUCCCUACUUAUCUGAGUGCUCUCAACGACUCUCCUAACAAGGCACUUCCACAAACGCUUCUUGAUAGUAUACGACGGGAAUUUAACGAGCAGGUUCGUUUCUUUGACCUGGACACAUCAGAUCCAUUCAAGUAUGCAUUGUACAAGAUUGUCGGUCGGUGUGAGCUGUCUAAGAAGAGUUUCCCUGGUGUCAUUGACACUACCGAAGACUGGCUUUGGAUUCACCUUUCUCUUGUUUACGAAGAACCUUCUGAUUUAAGCGCCAGCUUUGACAAUUACACACUUAAAAACCUGCAGUUGGCAGUGACCAACUUUGGAGCCAAGUACUUCAACCCAGAUAAUAAGACGCCUGCUCUUUACUGUCAGGUGUUGACCAUGGUUGGUCUUUUCGAAAAGGCCAUUCACUAUGCAUAUUCGUUUUCUCAAAUUGAUGCUGUGCACCUUAGCAUUGCUCUUACUUAUUACGGUCUUUUGCGGCCAAUUACUAAUGUGCUUAAGCUGCAAACAGAGCUGCUUUAUGUUAACAGAAAGGAGGAGUGUGAGAUUAAUUUUGCAAGAUUGCUGGGUUUCUAUACUCGUGAUUUUCGCCGCUCUGAUCCUGUUGACAGUGUGGAGUACAUUGUGCUUAUUUGCCUUAACGGCGAUUUGCCCCCACCUGAGGGUGCGGAGCAUCUUAAACUGUGUCAUGAAGCACUCAAGGAGCUUGUUUUGGAAACACGUGAGUUUUCUAAACUUCUUGGUGACAUUCGCGCGGAUGGAUCGCGCAAGCCUGGGUCUAUUGAGGAACUUAUGCCUUUGAUCCAUUUGGACAAUCUAAAUGAGUACUUGCGGGCCAUUACUGAGCAAGCAGCUAUCAAGGCCGAGGAGGAUGGCCGUAUUUCGGAUGCUGUAUUGCUUUAUCAACUGUCUGAGGAGUAUGACACUGUAGUGAACAUUGUCAACAAGUCAUUGGGCGAAAUGCUUGCGGUGCAACCUUUGGGCCAGGCGAUUUCUCAAGGACUUGGAGAGAACUCAAUGCCUCUUGUUCUUGCAACUACAGAGAACCCUGCCCAACUUGCUCGCCAUGUGAUGGAUAUUUACACCAGCAACAUUUCAAUUUUCAAUAAGGUGAAACCACGCAACCGGGAAACGUGCGUGACUCUUCUGCAGAUUGUGGACGCAAGAGACCUGUACGCUAUUCGAGAAUACGAGCGCUGUUUACAGGUCGUACAUAGUACCAACAUUUUGACGCUUGAUCCAAACGCUAACACGAGUGUAGUGCGGCGGCGGGCGCAGGAGUUUGUAAUGCUGCAUCAGUCUGUGGCGCGCAAUGUGCCAUCACUAUUGGUGAUGGUAAUGGAGUGCUGUGCCAAUAUUGUGGCAGGCAUUAGGGAAAGCUACUUUACGAACGAAGGUCGGGAGGCGCGAAUUAACGAGAUGCGGGGGAUAGUGCGCAACUGUAUGGUGUAUGCUGGCAUGAUUCAAUACCGCAUGCCACGCGAGGUGUUUAUUAGACUGUCUACACUAGAGACACAGAUUUAA